GGCGUCCGCAGGGCCAGGCUAGGUAGUGCCAACAGUGGACGCCACAGGUCCUCCACCUCCAAGUCGGCGAGACCCGGUUUCCUCAUUGUGAGCUGGUUUCUCAAGCUGGGAGGACGGUGGCAUCGUGGAGUAAACAGCUUUGGGAGCGAGCUUCUCAGAGAAGGCCCACUUCUAGUUCAAGGGACGCUGAUGGCUUUUGAGCAGACACUCAAAAAGGAUUGGUACAACAUUCUGGGUGCAGACCCAUCUGCAAAUGUGUCAGACCUAAAACAAAAGUAUCAGAAACUCAUAUUACUGUAUCAUCCAGAUAAACAAAGUGCAGAUGCGCCAGCAGGAACCAUGGAGGAGUGUAUGCAGAAGUUCAUUGAAAUUGAUCAGGCAUGGAAAAUUCUAGGGAAUGAAGAAACCAAAAAAAAGUAUGAUCUGCAGCGCCAUGAAGAUGAGCUAAGAACUAUAGGGCCAGUGGACAAACGGGUGCACCUUGAAGAGAUGUCCUGGAAUAAAGAUGAUGAGUCUUUUUCUCUGAGCUGUCGAUGUGGGGGAAAGUACACUGUCUACAAGGAUGAAGCAGAAGAAGUGAGCCUCAUCUCCUGUAAUACGUGCUCACUGAUGGUGGAACUCCUUCAUGAGAGCUGACUGCGCUCCUGGGAUCCUUUACCUGCAGUCAGCAUGGGCACAGAUGCUUUCUUGUGGUUAGCUGUAUAAUUUGCAAAGAUAAGAUCAGAUCUUCAAGCAAGGACCACUUCAGAGUAACAAAUUAAUUCAGUUGUUUAUAUGUAUCUGAAAUGUAUAAUUACAGGAUAUCACAAAAAGGAUUAUAAUUAUAUUUUUUUAUUUUUUAUAUGACAACUUUUGCUUUCUCCUUGGUAAAUAAGCAUUUUUUAAAAUAUAAAUUUCUUUUAAAAAAUCAGUUAAGAGCAUUCUUUAUAAUUACUAAGAGUUUUGUUUGUUUUACUCAUUAAUGUGUGUGUGUGUGUGUGUGUUUAAGAAGGGCAGAGGACAAUCUGUGAGUCUGCGAGGAGCUGAUUCUUCUCUUCUUCCCCUGUGUGGAUCCCAGGGGUCAAAUUCGAUUUCUCAGGCUUAUAGUACCUGCCUGUACCUGCUGAAUGAUCUUGCUAACCCUAACUAUGAAGUUGCUGAUCUAAAACAUGAUGGUUUUAGUUGCUGAACAUAUAUGCCUGUUGUAUACCUACUUUAAUUUCUCAGGUAUUCAAAUUUAGAGUUUUUGUCCAUAAAUUGUGAGCCCAGUUCUUUCUUAAACAAGGCCGAAUAUGGAUCUCUAUGAAUUUAUUUCCAAACUGAUAAAAAGCAUCAAGUUUUAGAAAAUAUGACUCUUGUCCUGGCUCUGUAUAUCUAAAGCUUGUCAGCAGCUAUCUUAACUUCAGAUAAAAUUUAGGAAAAUAACUUAAAAAAUACUGAAUUAAAAAACAAAACCUGAACUUCAAAGCUGAAUUUUAUUUCUUACCUCCAAAGAACAAGGAGCCUUUACUUCAUUAGUGGUGCAGUGAGGGCCUUUUCUAAUGAAUGAUGGCUGAAUACAGUAGACCACAGAUAUCAUAUCCUACGUGACUUCCCCUUGUAUUAACAUUCUGUGUAGAGUGUAGAUCAGAAUUCAUUUCAUGAACACAAGUGAAGCCUCACAGACUGCUGCUCAAAUGCUUCUUUUAGGUCCAACUCUUGGUGUUGUCACAAGAACAUAGACUUGGGUGCUUAGUCUGAGACUCUUGUAAAGGGCUGACAGACGAGGUACACUUGAGACCAGGUUGCUUUCAUUGUACAGGAACUACAUAAUUCAAAUGUGAGGUAGUCAUCUGGAUUUCUUCCCCAAGAUAUUUUCUAUCAUAAAAUUUAGAAAGAAAACUUGUUUUGGGUUAAUUUUUAUCCAAAUACUUUUAGUUAAUUGCAGAGUGUGAUAUUUACUCUUACAUCUAAUUAAACACAUAAAUAAAACUGAAUAGCAAAUA